ACAGGAAACAUAGCUGACCACCAGCUCAUCAUGUCUACUGAAAAUGAAACUACUACUAUCAGCAGCCCGCCCGAGCAACAGGCUCCAUCAAAAGCACAACAUGCAAAGAAGGAAAAAAAGAAAGGACCAGAAAAGACAGAUGAAUCUCUCUUGGCCAGAUUCAAAGGAGAUGGUGUAAGAUACAAAGCCAAACUGAUCGGCAUUGAUGAUGUCCCAGAGGCAAGAGGAGACAAAAUGAGUCAGGAUUCAAUGAUGAAGCUGAAGGGAAUGGCAGCGGCAGCCCGUUCCCAGGGUCAACAUAAGCAGAAGAUCUGGGUAAACAUCUCACUCUCUGGUAUCAAGAUAAUAGAUGAGAAAACUGGGGUCAUAGAGCAUGAGCAGCCGGUAAACAAAAUCUCCUUUAUUGCUCGGGAUGUAACAGACAAUCGUGCUUUUGGCUAUAUAUGUGGAGGAGAAGGCCAGCAUCAAUUUUUUGCCAUAAAAACAGCACAACAGGCUGAGCCUCUAGUUGUUGAUCUUAAGGACCUCUUCCAAUUAAUUUAUAAUAUGAAGAAGAAGGAAGAAGAUUACAAGAAGAAUGAAGAAGCAAGUAAGACUGAGAAUGGCAGUGAAGCACCACCUGCUGAUCAAGCUGACAAAAUGAAACUGGGAGUUGACCAGAUGGACUUGUUUGGGGAUAUGUCUACACCUCCUGAUAUGAGCAGUCCCACAGAAGCUAAAGAGAUUCUAUUAGUGGAUCUAAAUUCUGAAAUUGAGACCAAACAGACUUUUACAAAAGAGGAUAUCUUCUUGAAUGACAUCACAACUUCUCUUCCACAAAAAAAGGCACAGCCACCCUUCGUGCCUGAGAGUUCUUUCUCUACCAAUCUCAGCUUCUUUCCCACACCUAAUCCAGACCCUUUCAGAGAUGAUCCUUUCACACAGCCAGACAAAUCUGCACCACCUUCAUUUGAUUCUUUAAAAUCUGCUGAUCAGAAGAAAGGAACUCUGAGUACCUUGGCACCAGUGGAUAAUGGUGUUUCAAAUGGUGGUAUUGACUACUUUGGUAAACAGUUUGACCAGUUUUCUAAUAGAACUGGCAAACAAGAAGCAUUAACAAGCCAGUGGCUAACUGAGAGUAAGUCGCCUGAAGCAAGAACUCCAAAUGGGGUACCAGAGAGAGAACAGAAUGGCUUUCUUAAAGCUCCGUCAAACCUGUUCAUGGAAGGUCCUUCCAAAGGAGUAUCUCUGCAAAGUGAAGUUAAGCUGUAUUCUGAAAGCAAUAUCCAGCUCAUGCCACAUGAGUCUGUAACAAUUAGCCCACCACCACAAAGUACCAAGCCAGGAAGAGGAAGGAGGUUUGUCAAGGUUGCAUCGAAUGACAUAUUUAGCUCAGAUUUCUUUGCACCAGCUACAGAAAGCCUUGGCUUGACCAGAGUAGCACAAACGGAGCCUAUGACAACAACCCCACAGGACCUCUUCAGAAUGAGUUCAGCAUCUCCAAUGGUCACUCUAGGUGGCAUACCAGUAACUCCAACACCAUGGAGUACACCUACAUUUGCUCAGACUGCAUCAGUUUUUCCUGGGUCUGUAAUGCCUGCUCAGCCUACAGGAUUUACUCAGCCACUGGCCUUUGGCACUCAAGCAGUGCCAAGCUGGAAUCAGCCUUCAUCUUUUAAACCGGCAGUCUCCCAGUCCUCUAGUAUCUGGGCACAGCCAGCACAAGUUCCGUCUAGCUCAUGGCCACAGCUGUCCAGCGCUGCCAAUCCCUUCCAGGGUAGUGUGUUCCCAUCUCCAACACUGCCAGCUCAGACACCAUCUGUACUGCCCUCCAUGUCAACAACAACUAUUCCACCUCAGCCACCACCUAGAACUGCACCUCAGAAGGAGCUAUCCAAGAAAGAGAGUGAUGCCUUUACUGCUCUGGAUCCACUUGGUGAUAAAGAGUUGAAGGAUAUCAAGGAAAUGUUCAGAGACUUCCAGCUGACGAAGCCACCAGCAUUACCAGCAAGGAGAGGAGAGCAGCAAAGCCCUUCAGGACCACCAAAGCCUGUUCCCCAAAAAAGUGUGCUGCCAGCGGAAGGCCUAUUUGAAAGUCAAGCUAAACUAGACCUUUUCAGUGCUUCAUCUGAGGAAUCUCAGAAACCAUCUGCUGGUCCUUUUGGUGAUACUUUCGGCAACCCAUUUGCAUAG